ACAACAAAGGGGACAGGCGAAGAAGAAUGUGAUCUCGCAGUCAGUAGAAGAAGAAGAAGGAGGAAGUGAUUUUUGUGUCUGUUUAGUUUUUUUUUGCGACGAUUCUCUUGGCCUUACGAAUACCAGGAUCCACACUAAUUCACAAUGAACCUGGAACGGCUGCCCAAUGAGGAGAAACUCAGCCUGUGCAGAAAAUAUUAUUUAGGUGGCUUUGCAUUCCUUCCAUUCCUCUGGCUGGUCAAUGUUGUUUGGUUCUUUAAGGAGGCUUUUGUAAAGCCAGUCUACACUGAACAGCUCCAGAUCAAAACUUACGUGAAGCGGUCGGCCCUGGGGUUGCUGUUAUGGGUAGCAGUACUCACCACAUGGAUUACUAUUUUCCAGCACUUCAGAGCAGAGUGGGGGGAGGUGGGAGAUUACCUCUCCUUUACUAUCCCAUUGGGCAUUCCUUGAGACAUUUUUCCUGUGUCAGGUCUUUUGACUAUAACUAAUGAUCCACUAUAUUGGACCAAAGAAUUCUCCUCCUUUAACUACAGUGAAAGAUUCUGGUGAUUUGUCUGGUCUCUGGAGCUAAAUUCAAUGGCUGAGAAACGUUAAAGUAAUCGCUCAUGUCUUCAAAAGAUAAAUGCUGUAGGAUUUGAAAAUUCAUGUUUUUGUGCGUGCCAAUGCAUUUGAGAAAGUUCUUUGGUUUUAGAGUAGGCUGAUUAAUCUUGUAUAGCAGACGAUGUCAACUGUCAUGACAGUAUCUAAUGAUGAAGCUGGAUGUGCUUUCAGGAGCUCGAACAAUAGAUUCAACAAACUGUUUUUUUCCUUUGACUAAACUGUGGAGUUAAAUGUUGAUGUGUGAUUGUGCACCCCAAACAAUUUUUACCUGUGUAUGAAUGAUGGAUUAAAAAAAUCAAAACAAUAA